CCAGCAAGUACGGAGGCCAAAAAACGGCGCCACGGAGAGGAUGAAGAAAAGGAGGAGGAGGAGGAGGAGGAAGAGGGUGAUCUGCUAAUAGUGGACGGAGAGCCGCAGAAUGGUCCACCCCCCACCAAGGUUGCUCGACUGGAGAAGUCACCGGAGUCGGGGAAGGUCCACGUCGAGGUGGUGGAGGAGGAGGACGAGGAUCUUGUCAUGCUCGAUUAA